AUGGAAGCCACGUAUCAAAUGCCUGCCGGGUCUCUCCCGGGACAGCAUGCAUACUACUUCUACAAUCCAGAGGCAGCCAGCCAAUGCCCGCCUCAUGGAACGCCAUAUGUCGCCCAUCAGGCAGAAAUGCCUGCCUUCCAAGGCCCGAUGCCCGUCUACCAACAUCAACAACAGCACUUCUUCGCUGCCCACGCACAGAUGGGCCUCAAGAACCCCAUGCACGCUGCUCACCAAAUGAGUCUGACGCCGAUUGCUUCUCCACAGCCCACGAGUCUGAAGCCCUCGAUCAUAAUGCAGCAGGGUUCUCCGGCGCUGCUGCCGCUGGACACCCGCUAUGUCAGCACUGAUUUCUAUAGCUUUCCUUCGACUCCUCCGCUGUCGUCGGCGGCGAGCAGCAUCAGCAGCCCGCCGUCGACGUGCGGCAUGAUCCACACGCCUGUGAACGGGUCCUUUGGCCUGGAGAGUAUGGAGGGCGUCAAGGAAGGCUGUGAAUCCGAGGUCCACGCCGAGCUUCUUGCGAAGCCCGACUGGGGCCACUCCAAUUCUCCCCCGCUCACGCCUGAUAUACAUCUUGCUGAGAGUACGGCAGCGGCUGACCAAUCACAAGUGUUUAUCCACCCGCCGUCGGCGGCCGCCAGCCAAGCCGAGCUGCUCCUCUCCUGCCCAUCCCUGUCGCCGUCUCCCUCGCCCGGUCCUUCCGGCCUGCUCACGCCUCACUCCGUCUCGUUCCCAGCAGAGCCCGUGAGCUCCGACUUCUGCGAUCCCCGUCAGUUGACUGUCGACUGUGCCGCCACCGCUGCUCGCCAGGCUCCUGCCGACCUGCCCCCCUUGCCUACGCUGAGCUCCGUCGACGAGGACGAGCAGAAGUUGAUCCUGGGCAGCGGGAAUCUGACGCUCUCGUCCAAUGAAGCUACGCCGACAUCCUUUGCCAGCUGUGCCGAAGCCACCCUGCCCACUCUGCCCAGAUUCGACUCCUUCUCCGACUUGGAUUCCGACGAGGAGUUUGUGACCGGCAUUGCUGCUGACUUCACCCCUUCGGCCCCCAGCACGUUCUUCCUCGGCGACAAGAGACAACGCGUGGGAGCCUACGUACUGGAUGAAGACGAGUUCCUCAGCGAGCAUAGUUUCGACGACCUGGAUGAGGACGACGUUUUCAUGCGGUCGGGCCUGCCCACUGUGAUUGUCGAAGAGGUGUCACAGAGCGAGGACAACUGCAGUAGUGACUAUUCUUCGGCUGCUGACAUGAAGACCAAGAAGCGCAGCGGAGCUUCGUCGAGGAAGUCCGUCCAGAAGAAACUAUCGACCUCCGAUGACGAAUCCUCCAACUCCUCGCUUGGGCACCAAGUGCCUGCUGACAGCCGGGGCAACCACGGCCAGAGCCAGAGCAGCUCGAACCAGAGCAAUGGAUCCGCAAACAGCGCGAAGACAGACGACUCGGCGGCAGCGACUGCUUCGGGUAAAUCCGAAUCUUCCUCAUCGGCGCAGGCGCCAGUGAGUCGUCGCGGCCGCAAGCAGUCUUUGACUGACGACCCUUCCAAGACAUUUGUGUGCACAUUGUGCUCGCGCAGAUUCCGUCGCCAGGAACAUUUGAAGCGUCAUUACCGCUCCCUUCACACGCAGGACAAGCCAUUUGAGUGCAACGAGUGCGGAAAGAAAUUUUCGCGUAGUGACAAUCUGGCUCAACACGCUCGGACACAUGGCAAUGGUGCUGUGGUCAUGGGCGUUUUGGAUCCUAGUGAAGUCUCCACCCCGCCAACCACGGCCCAGCAGAUGUAUGAGGAAGAUGCGGGCGUAUUGGGUGCUGUGCUCUAUGAAGCGGCCAAUGCUGCUGCCACCCAAUCCACAACGAGUGAGUCGGGGUCAAGUGUCGAUUCGGAUUCUCCAGAAUCUGAAGAUCAUCGAUUAAGUCUCAAGAAGCGCAAGCGAGACGAGUCUGCAUAA